GAGACACCGAACCCCACCGGGACAGAGAGGAAAUCCACAUUUGUGGGACGCUCCGCACAGAACCGCCACCUCCAGCGAGGGAGGCCGGGGGGACUGCAGCAGCGACAUGAAGAAGGGCUAGAGCUAGGGGACGCGGCUCAUGCGACGGCCGGGAGCGCCUGCGAGCUGGAUCUGGUGGAGGAUGCUGCGGCAGGUGCUUCGCAGAGGGCUCCAGUCAUUCUGCCACAGGCUGGGCUUGUGCGUGAGCCGGCACCCGGUCUUUUUCCUCACCGUGCCGGCAGUCCUGACCAUCACCUUCGGCCUCAGCGCGCUCAAUCGCUUCCAGACCGAGGGCGACCUGGAGCGCCUGGUUGCUCCCAGCCACAGCCUGGCCAAGAUCGAGCGCAGCCUAGCCAGCAGCCUUUUCCCCCUGGACCAGUCCAAAAGCCAGCUCUAUUCGGACUUACACACCCCUGGGAGGUAUGGCAGGGUGAUCCUCCUCUCCUCACCCGGGGACAAUAUUUUGCUCCAGGCUGAGGGGAUCCUGCAGACCCACCGAGCCGUGCUGGAAAUGAAGGUGAACCACAAGGGCUAUAAUUAUACUUUUUCCCAUCUAUGUGUAUUGAGAAAUCAGGAUAAGAAAUGCGUGCUGGAUGAUAUUAUUUCAGUGCUAGAGGAUCUCAGGCAGGCUGCCGUCUCCAAUAAGACAACAGCCAGGGUGCAAGUAAGGUAUCCCAACACUAAAUUAAAGGAUGGGAGGAACAGUUUUAUUGGACACCAGCUGGGCGGGGUAGCAGAAGUGCCAAACAGCAAAGACCAGCGGGUCAAGUCAGCCAGAGCCAUUCAAAUCACCUACUACCUCCAGACCUAUGGUUCUGCCACUCAAGACCUCAUAGGGGAGAAGUGGGAGAAUGAGUUCUGUAAGCUUAUGAGGAAGCUCCAGGAGGAGCACCAAGACCUCCAACUGUACUCUCUGGCAUCUUUUAGCCUCUGGAGAGACUUUCAUAAGACCAGCAUCCUGGCCAGAAGCAAGGUCCUGGUGAGCCUUGUGUUGAUCCUGACCACGGCCACCCUGUCCAGCUCCAUGAAGGACUGCUUGCGCAGUAAGCCCUUCCUUGGCCUCCUGGGGGUGCUCACGGUAUGCAUUUCCAUUGCCACUGCCGCCGGAAUCUUCUUCAUCACUGAUGGGAAGUACAACUCCACCCUGCUGGGAAUCCCUUUCUUCGCCAUGGGUCAUGGAACUAAAGGAGUAUUUGAGCUUCUGUCUGGAUGGCGGAGAACCAAAGAGAAUUUACCCUUCAAAGACAGAGUAGCAGACGCCUAUUCAGAUGUGAUGGUCACCUACACCAUGACCAGCUCCCUGUACUUCAUCACAUUUGGUAUGGGGGCCAGCCCCUUCACAAACAUAGAGGCUGUGAAGAUCUUCUGUCAGAAUAUGUGUGUCUCUAUUCUAUUGAACUACUUCUACAUUUUCUCUUUCUUUGGCUCUUGCCUAGUCUUUGCUGGACAACUAGAGCAAAAUCGAUACCACAGCAUCUUUUGCUGUAAGAUCCCUUCUGCAGAAUACUUGGACCGCAAACCUGUGUGGUUCCAGACAGUAAUGAGUGAUGGGCACCAACAAACAUCCCAUCAUGAGACAAACCCUUACCAGCACCAUUUCAUUCAGCACUUUCUCCGAGAACAUUACAAUGAAUGGAUUACCAAUAUCUAUGUGAAGCCAUUUGUGGUCAUCCUAUAUCUCAUUUAUGCCUCCUUCUCCUUCAUGGGGUGCUUGCAGAUCAGUGACGGAGCUAGCAUCAUCAACCUACUAGCCAGUGACUCCCCAAGUGUUUCCUAUGCCAUGGUUCAGCAAAAAUAUUUCAGCAACUAUAGCCCUGUAAUAGGAUUCUAUGUCUAUGAACCCCUUGAGUACUGGAACAGCAGUGUCCAGGAGGAUUUGCAGAGGCUUUGUAGUGGGUUCACUGCAGUGUCCUGGGUGGAGCAGUAUUAUCAGUUUCUGAAAGUCAGCAACAUCAGUGCCAAUAACAAGACUGACUUCAUCAGUGUCCUACAAAGCUCGUUUUUAAAAAAGCCAGAAUUCCAACAUUUUCGGAAUGAUAUCAUUUUCUCUAAGGCGGGGGAUGAAAACAACAUCAUUGCUUCUCGCUUGUAUCUUGUGGCCAGGACUAGCAGGGACAAGCAGAAAGAAGUCAUUGAAGUCCUAGACAAGUUGAGGCCCCUGUCUCUCUCUAAGAGCAUCCGGUUCAUCGUGUUUAACCCUUCCUUUGUUUUCACAGACCAUUACAGUUUGUCAGUCACUGUGCCUGUUCUGAUUGCAGGCUUUGGAGUUCUCCUGGUGUUAAUCUUGACUUUCAUCCUAGUGAUCCAUCCUCUGGGAAACUUCUGGCUCAUUCUUAGUGUCACCUCAAUUGAGCUGGGUGUUCUGGGCUUAAUGACCUUGUGGAAUGUCGACAUGGAUUGCAUUUCUAUCUUGUGCCUUAUCUACACUUUAAAUUUUGCCAUUGACCACUGUGCACCACUGCUUUACACAUUUGUAUUAGCAACUGAGCACACCAGAACACAAUGUAUAAAACGCUCCCUGCAAGAGCAUGGGACAGCCAUUUUGCAAAACAUUACUUCUUUUCUUAUUGGGUUGGUCCCCCUCCUAUUUGUGCCUUCAAACCUGACCUUUACACUGUUCAAAUGCUUGCUGCUGACCGGGGGUUGCACGCUUCUGCACUGUUUUGUUAUCUUACCUGUGUUUCUAACCUUUUUCCCUCCUUCCAAAAAGCACCACAAGAAAAAGAAACGUGCCAAACGAAAGGAGAGAGAGGAAAUCGAAUGCAUAGAAAUCCAGGAGAACCCUGAUCACGUCACCACAGUUUGAGAGUGGAGACUUUUCCUUUUCCAGUGUUGCACAACGAUACAGGGCAAGUCAAGCUCAGACCUCAGCUGCUUGGGCUGGCCAGGGGUAACAAGGCAAGUCAGAUCAAGAGCGCAUUAUUCAUGGCAUGUCCGAGGGUCUGCUUCCAGGGGGAGGGACUGAAAGGAGGGAACGUUCUUUGCAACCUUAUUCUCCAUAAAAGAUGAAUUUCCAGACACUGUUCUUAGAGCUUUCCCAAGGAAUGGAUGGAUCAUAUGUUAAGACAGAAGGCUGGAAGAGCUAAUGAUUCAAAAGAAAUGCUUAGAAGAAAUGGAGAAGAGAGGUGGUCUCCAGACGGGAGGACAGACAUAGGGAAUGUCUAAAUUGCCACGUCACUUUUCAUGUUUGUUUUUUGAACAGGUCAGUCAAAGGAAACCUAUGCACAUGGGAAGUACAUAUUUAAUCCUGUCUAAACCAAAGGACCACCCAAUUCUUUUUGUGUGUACAUAUAAGUAUAUAGACACUUAUACUUGUCUUCAGUGUACAUUGGUGUUUGGGUGAAGGAAGGUGUCCAUUUGCAGAUAGGCUGGCCUUUCUGUAGAAAGUCAAAUCAGCUUUAGCCAAAUAUAUAAGCUCACUAGGGGAGAUGCAAAAUAUAUAAAUGUCCACUUAAAAUCAACUCAACUGUCUAGACAGCAAGAGUGUUUUCAACUGUGUGAUUAAAAAAAAUAAAUAGAAAUUUGAAUCCAUUAAAUUCUACAUUUCAUGUUGUUGGUCAUUGAGAUUCUAACUUUGGGAUGACUUUACAAAAACAUCAAAAGGUAUUUGAGUUGGUUAGCAUGUGGACAAAUGUUUAAAACCUAAAGUAGUUGAGAUGACUUAUCAUUAACCUUUAACAUUUCUGUGUAUUUGGAAGGCCAGCAUGGCUGCUUAUGGAUAUCUCACCCACCUGCAAAUGAGCACUUUAAGCAUAUUGUCCUUGUAUACAUAUGUAAGGGUACACAGUAUAUGUGUGAGAGAGAAAGGAAGAAUGAGAUAACAUUCCAAAGUUACGCGUUCUCAUUUUAGAUGAUGAAAGUACAUGGCUGUGGCAGAUAGCAAUUAACACAGGAGAAAGAAAAUGCACGGGAGACUCAGACAGUAAAAUGGGCCAAUGCUAUUCAUCAUGCCAGCAUCAGACAGUCCUUAGUCUAAGAAAAACGUAUCAACUCUAUAGACUCUAGUAUGUUCCUUGGAAUAAAUUUGGAGCAUUAACCCAGACCAUCAUCACUAUGGCUGUAGCAUCAUUUUGUAGUUUCUUGCAGUUAUCAUUGUCUUGUUAACUAGAAAGUAAGCUCCUACAGCAAGCAUAGCUCUCUGCAGGGGCCAUACUAACCAUGUGUAAUUGCUGCUGGAUUCAUUGUAUUUAAAAAAAAUGUACUGAGGUAAUGUUUCCAUUGAGUUAGUGUUUAAAUCUGUGCCCUAGGCAGGUACUCAGCCUGCUGGGUACUUACAUGGACUAAGGCUGUUUUUCAUGUUGGAGAAAGUUACUAGAAAAUUCCUUUUCCUUGCCGUGUAGGGACCUUAAGGAGCAAUUUAUUUCCAGGUAAAAUAAAACAAAAGCUCAACAAUGACACAAUCUGGUGGCAAGCUCUUUCUCCCGAAGAAAGUUGAUAUUUCCCACCAACUUGGGUUGUAUAAUUUAAUUGCAUUAAUAAUAUUAAUACUCUUAAAAGGCAAACCAUUACUAGAACUAUUAGAAAAUUCCAUUCCUUUUACAGUGUUUGGAAAUGAUGUUAAUAGAUUCGUGAAGCAAGAGCUCUGCUUUGGUAAACCAUGCAGAUUUUUUUUAAUGGACAUUUGUUAAAUAAAAUUUUAGUUUAUGGAAUGGCAUUUGUUCUAUUCUACCUUAAGACCACUGUGUUUCAAUGUCUCCCUGACUGUGAGUGCAAUAACUAUAGAAUUAAGUAGGGAACAUAACUGCCUAUAGCUACAUUUGAUGUUUUCUCUGUAUCUGUAAAAUCAUGUCACAGUUGAGGCCAGCCUUUCAUCUCAUGAACUUCUGCACAAAGGAAAACUGGAUUUCAAACAGUUGACCUCCAAGCCAUGAUCUUAUAUUUGAAGUUGAAUUUUCUGAGCAGUCUUUGGAGUUGGAGAACAGAAUUCCUCUUUCUCAGUUCCUCAACAUUUAUGAAGAUUGCUAUCAUUCGCAUCUGUUCGUAAAGACGGCCACUAAGACAUUGAGGAUUCCGUGUCACUCCAUUUCUGGCUGUAGUCAGUGAUACUCCAUUCUUCUACCUAUUUUGCAUUUAAUGUUAACUUAUUUGAGUUUUAUAAUUACGAUAAAUCAUUUCAGAAGCAAAGACAAACAAACAAAAUGAUUGCCAAGCUAAAUGGCAAUCUUGCCAAUUGCCAGAUUUAUGGGAAUACAGCCACAUAUUCUGCCAAACCAAUAAUUUUAAUCUCUCCCAAUGCACUUGAAAGGGAAGAGACUUGUUUGUGUGUUAGAUGAUGUCUUCAAGGAUCAAAUGUGUAGUAUACACAGAAAUUUCUCAUUGUCCAACUGGCUAGAGUGGUAGCAUUUUUAGAAGAGAUGUUAUCUUCUCCAGAACACCGUGAUUUUCUCUAAGGAAUUGUAGCAAUAAUUAACUGAAAUGAAACUCCAUGUUCUGGAAGAGUUAAUAAAAUACCCAAAAUGCCUUGACUUGGUCUUAGGAAGUAAUUUGAGCCCAGAAAAAUCUCACCAAGCAUUAUCCAAACUUUCCAACCUCACUGUGAAGCAGAUAUUUCCAAAAAUUCCUUUACUGUGUAUCAAGAUGCACCCUAAAAUAUGAGGUUAUGAUUUGGAGGUAACCCUCCAUUCUCAACCAUUUCUGGUAGGAUGGAAACUCCCCUCUCUAGUUUUUACAGUUUAUGCUCAUUUUGUCCAUUUGUGAAAUAUUGAUGGCAUUCAAGUUAGGAAUUUAAAUACUAUUGGACCAUUCAAACACUAGAAGUAAUCAGCGGAAAAUCUUUUAGAUUUGUGGAAUAUUUUAAUUUACUGCAAUGCAUUUUUUUCUUAAAAUGGGAGAUUUUAAAAAACUUGUGAACCCCACAGCUUUUCUUGUUUAAACUGGACUGUGUCCCCAUCAGAAUGUCGUUUAUGUUCUACUCUCUUCAAAGAGGAACUCACCUAAAUAAUCAGACAAGAUUUAUCUAAAUGUUCCAUGGGUUAACUUACCUCAUGUGUAAGUCUGUUGAAAGAAUGUGUACUUAUGCAUUGUCCCGUUAGUUCCUGUGGUGACCACAAACCUCUUUGAAGGCUGUGCAUGAAUAGUCUAUGAUAGAGCUUGUCUUUCUCCCAAUUGACUUCCAUUUAAUUUGCAUAGAAAUAAAUCCACAUUUUAUCUUAUGUUGUGAAGUGAAGAAUUGUGACACACAAAGCUCCUAGGAUGCUAUAAUAGCCAUUCUUGUGUGUUGAACUUGAGUGUGAGAGCUAUGUCCAUUCUGUAAUUAUUCAUUGCACUUUAUCAUAACAAGCUAAUCCUUCUAGACGAGAGCUGGGGAUUAACUAUUGCCAUUCAGAAUGUGUGUGUAUUUUUAUACAUCGACGUAAAUAUUGUCCUUACAGUCAGAUAUUUUUAUAGCCAAAUAGUUAGAAAUGCAUGGCACAAUGCAUGCAUGGUUACUAAUGUAUGUAGAUUAUUAAAGACACUAUUUUCAGGGAUAUUACACAUUUUAUUAAAAUUUUCAUAUCCCCCUAUUGUAAAUGUCUCAUAGGGUUUUGGUCACAAAGGCCUAAAGUCCACAGAAAACUUCAUACUAAGGGAAGCAAUCAGAGACUUGCCUUCUUGUAGUGUCAACAGCUGCUGCCUGCAGUAAGAUGGCCACUGGCUCUGGUCUCUUGUGUAAAGGAACAGGCAGUCUGCAUUAGCCAGUGAUUAAACAUGCUUACAUGCCCUCGGUUGGCUAAGGCCAUAGUAAACCAGAAGCUAUCACUCCUUAAGAAUGGACUUGUGAUGUUGUCUCCUGGGACUAGAGAAUUCUGUGAGUUACUCACUCUGCCCAGAGGGAAGUCUAUGUUCAGCCAGUUCUGUUGUUGUUUGCACAGUGUUCUGACAAUUCUUUCAAAGGUAACCCUGAAAGUUUUCAUUUAUUUUAAGGGAAUUUCAAGAACACUUUCAUUCCCUUUUAAAAAACAACAAAAUUCUUGUGCUUCCUGUUACAAAACAAAAGCAAACAAACAAAAAACAGUAACAAACAGUUAUGACAAACUUUCAUGGCAUCAAGUCAAAACAUCUACAGCUCAAUUAGUAUGCCCUUGAAGUCUCCCCAUCUCAAAUGUAAACACAAAACUCCGCAUCAUCUCUGUGACAGGCACUCAUGCCAGCCUCAUUCAGCAAUGACCUGCAGAUACACUGCACAUAAAAUAAUUACAUUUUCUUUUAUAGCUUUUCUUUAUAAAUGACUGCAGUGAUGGAGACCAAAAUGAAAGAUAUUUUCAUGACAUUCAGCACACAGGUGCUGCAUAUGAACAUAGUCACACUUCCCUUUCUGUAUCUGAUGAUCAAUGUUCAUCUAUGUUGUGUUGUAGACAGGAGAGCAAGAGGUAGUGCUCUGUGUUCCAAAUGUUUUGGAAUUCAGGUCGAUGACAUUUAGAUGAAAUUGGAAGAUACUGAAAGACAGACAAGGCUACAUCUAAGAAAUCAAGAUAGUGUGUGGGUGUAAUAGAAAGAGUGACAUCACUUAAGUCCUUACAUACUAGACUCUAUAGGUUAUAAAAUAGCACAGAGGAUCAGAUGGUGCUAGCAAACAUAGCUAUGUGCAACUAUAUCACACUUGAAGAUCAUGCUCUUGUCUGGAAGAUUCAGACACCGAGCCUGCUUCUAGAUUUCUAAGCAUGACCAUGUAUAUAGACCCUUUUGUGAAUGAGAGCAAGAAGCUGAAGGACUCUGGAAAGAGACUUCAAAUUAACACCCAGGAAAGUAUUCAUUUUCCAGAUGCUGUAAUACAUAUAAUGAUUUUGACCAUUUUUUAUGUAUUUAAUGAGGGCCUCCUCUCUAUUGUUAAUAAAGAAGUCAUUUGCUUUUCUUGUGAAAUGGAAAACAAUUCAAAGAAAGACAUAUAUGGAACCAGUAUUGCAGUGUAUGUGGCUAAUGUAUUGACUGCAUCUUAGCUCUUCUACAUCCUUAGGUUGUCAAGAUAAUAGGAGCUUAGGCUACACUGGGAACCUCUGCCAGAUAUGUAUUUUUAAUUCAACAAAAUAUUUAUAAGUAAGAUCAUUGAUAAUUUUGCACUUUUAUAAACUAUUGGAAUUCAGUCCCUACUAUUUCACCCAGCUGAAUUUUCCCUAAGAAAGCUGUCAUAGGUCAAACUAAUUUGAAAAUUCUAAAAAGCAAAAAGAAAGUUGAGAACAUGAAAGUAGGAAUGAUUCACAAGCUCUUGGUGAUUCUUGCUCCAUUUCUCGGGUUCCUGUUCAUCCAAGAUGGAGCUGGUAGUAGUCAUUCGUAAUUGUGUUCCACUUUGCUGUGUGGCUCAUGGCAUGCCUGAUAUGGUUUCCUUCUCCUUUGUUUUUACAGUUACUAAAGCGACUUCAUUAUCUCCAGGGCUCUCUCAAACCAGUGGAAAAAUAAGAGUUUUAAUUUUUUGGGAAGAUUUCAUUGAAGAGUUUCCUGGAAAGUAUUAGGAGUGACUGCUGUGGGAAAAAGAUAAGUGGAGCUUAUGACAAAUGUGUCACUUUCCAGUCCUGAAUAGAUUUAGUCUGGAUUCUUGGAAAAGAUUGUCCACAGCACACUGUGAGAAACACUACAUUAUCUAAAUUUGAGAAGGAAGUAGAAUCUCCCACUGAAAAUUGAAAUCACUUCCACAACCAGAGCUGGUAGAUUGCAAGUACUAGCAGCCAUAGUAAAAGUCCUUGAAAAAGAAAAGAACAAGCUUCUGUGGUCUGACAUGUCUGGUAUAAUCUAAAACAUGUGUGUCUCUAUAGAUUCAGAAUAUCCCAGCAUCUUCUCUCCUCUAACAUAAAAGUCCAUUACUGAAAUAUCUGACCUUCUGCUCACCAGUGUGAAUAUUGCAAGGUAUCUGCAGAGCUUAUGCAGCAAGCUUAUCAUAUGUUCCCAUUAAUUAUGCAUCUCUUUUCAGCAAUAGAUUUCCUUGCUUUUAAGUAGGAAAUCUGUCACUGUUUGAAAAGGGCAGAGAUCUCACUAAGCUACCUCACAGGGAUACUUAAAGAUAAAAUGGCAUACAGCCUUUGACUAAAUGGUAAUAUAAUACAUUUAUUGCCCUUUCACUUUGUAAACUUGUACCAAGCUAGCUGCAAAAUGAACACCCAUGUGUGCAGCUUUACCUGUGUGUACCAUUUACUGUACGUAUUCACCAAUAUGACAUCACUUGGGGAAGCUGUUCUCUUCAUGGACAUCCCAGAGAAUGAAAAUUAAUUCAGAAAGAGUACUGCUUUAGAAAGAGUAUUGCCUAGAAUUAACUUUGAGACAGCAGUCUGUCAGCAAGAUGUGUCACCAAAUGCUCUGUGACUAACUUCAAAGAGCAGCCUAUGUGCUCUUCCUUUCAGUGGACAGGAAAAAUCAAUCUGUGUCUUUAAUAAUGUUAAAGAUACAUUUACAUCCUAAGGGUUUUUUUCCUCCAGUAGGAAACUACUAUUUUCACCUCAGUUAGGAUUCUGAAACACUGACUGAUGAAAUAAGUGAGGAGAAAACUACUAGGAAGGACCACCUCACCCUCGGACUUAAAAAACCACAGGCAUGAAAAUAGAAACUGAGUGUUUUAUUUCUUUUCCUUUCCCAAAAGAAAUACCCACUGGUUCCCAAUCCUGGCUCAGUGAGAUGCUAUUCUCUACAACAAAAUGAAGAGGAAUGAAAACACACAUGGAAUUGUAAGGCUCCAGAAUCUUAACACUACAAACCACAUGGCAAAAUACCACUGCCACUUAGCUUUGGACAUGAGAAUCGAUUAUUAAUAUGGUAUUCUUUAAAUAUAGGUUCUUUGCAUUCUUUUGUAAAAAAAAAAAAAAGCUUCGUAUAUCACUCCCAAGUUCCAACAAAUGGAUUAAAGACACCUGUUCCAGAAUUCUGUACACAGGGCUCCACUCCUAAAGCUACCUUAUUUACAGAAACUUGAAGGAAACAAAUUUGAUACCAAAAAGUGUGACUUAAUUUUUAGUUCAGUGUCAAUAUCUUCUCUAAAAUAGAGGAUUGCUCAAAUACACAUCUUAGAUCUUACUAAGAUGACUUUAAAAAGUCAUUCCAGUGUUUUCAAUUUGCCCAAAUUUUGUCAAUGUUCAAAAUUUAUAUGCAUUUCCAUUCUGGGCAAGCAAACUAAAAUAAUUUAAAAGGGAGGCUUUUGUCAGUGUCAUAGGAAUAAAUAAAUGAGAUUCUCUCUGGAUUUUCACAUGUAAAUGUACAUUCAAUAACUGAAUGAAUCUCACAUCUUGAUGAAUAGAAACUGUAUUCUAAAUAUUCCCUUCAUUGUUAUUUUCAAAUUUUGUAUUCUUUCCAAAUCUUGUCAAGAUAUUUUCAGAUAUUGACUUCACAGUGUGACAUAGCAUAAGCCAUGCAUUUUAAAUGCUUCAUUAUAUAUAGACAUAUGCAUGGUUUUAUUUUUGCUGUUUUGUUUUAUUUUAUUUUGCUUCAUG